CGAGUCGCGACUCUUCGCGCGCACAGACAAGCCUGCAGAGUCGACGAGACUACUUACCGCCUAAUACGAACUAUAUAGCUACUGUCAAGUUAACAGUAUACACGCGCGGCAAGAGAAACCGGCAACAAAUCGUCGAGCAUUGUUGGGCCUCGAGGAUACGAUCAUUACUGUGUUGCUGGAUUGGUGAUCGUCACAUUCGGCCCAAGCUGCAGCCACCGAGGAGAAAAACCCUCCGAGAGGGACUGAGAUGCACGUGCUGCAGGUCGGCACGACAUUCGACGACGUCGACUGUCAACAAGACGGAGGAAGAAGGUGAGAGGCAGCGCAUUACAAAGAGGCGCCGUCAUGUCGCAGUCCUCGAUUUCCAGUUGUAAGUCGUCGUUGGAGUCGAGGAAAAGGGCCAGGACGUCGUCGCCGGAGACCCCGGCGCGCAAAUCGCAGCGGAAAAGGUUUAUUCUGAGUUUACCGAAGAAGUAUUUAGAAAUAAGUAGUCAAGCUUCGUCUGAGAGUUUCAACAAAUGUGACACACAGAGUACUACAUCAUUUAGCAUUACUGCUGGUGCACCAUCGGAAGCACCAACGGAAACAAGUUCAAGUACCUUAGAGUAUGCAUCACUUGCAACACAGUAUGGCAUAAGCAUAGAUUGUGUCAAACAACAUUACUCCAUCCUAACAAGUACAGCCCAAGUCCUAGUUAUAAAAACAGCAUUGAUAAAACAAGAAAUAGUGAGUCCAGAAAAAGCUUUGCAAACAUCUCCAGUUUUUCGAUCCAAGAAGAGAGGGCGAAAACCAAAAAUUAAAAUCGAACCAAAGUCAGAAGAGAAAUUAGAUUCACCACGAGAAGGAAUUCUUAGUAAAAGAGCUAGUAGAAACAUUCACAAUUAUUUUGAAUCUUUUAGCAACACUUUGAGUAUAAAACAAGAACCAAAAUCAGACGACUCACUUGAAGAAUUUGAAGAAAAAAAAAUUCUGCAAAAUCGUAGUCAACCAUCAAAACAUCAAGAUUUCAUGCAAAAUGGUAGCCUAUCACGAUUACGAAGCAAAAGUUCUUCACAACUUAGUCAACUAUCAUCAUCCACAAGUCAACGAUUUUCUCAAAGCCAUAGUUGUAGCCAACAAUCUAUUCAAAGUAGAAGUAGUUCAUUGCGAAGUAGUAACCGAAAAUUAAACCCAUUGAAUUCAAGAGUUUCAAAAAAGCUUACUCCAGUAGAAAAAUGGACUGAACUAAUCGACUCUUCUGGUGAUGAGUUUGCAGAUUCGAGGCCUAAAAAAAAAGCAUUAAAUAAAACUGCAAUUCAGACAACACAAGAAAAGAAUGAAACUCUUGUUUCAAAUCCUUUUUCCAAAAUUAAGAAACAAGAUUCACAAAAAUCAAAAGCUAAAAGCAACUCUUUUUGGAGAAAAAAGUUUGGUAGUGAUGAUGAUCCUGCCACGAGAAAAAGAAAAUUCUUAAAAUCUUUUAAAUUAAAAAAAGGAGAUAAGUCCGAUCAUGUAAAUAAAGAUUUAUUGGACUCUGUAUCAAAAGUUGAAGUUGAAAAAGAAGACUCAGAGGAAGAAAGAAAAGCUGAUAAAACAUUGACAUGUAAUAGAAUGAUUAAGAAAAAAAGAAUAAGCGCAAAAAAUAAUACAACUAUAAAGAAAGAUUCCAACAAUAUUGAGCUUAGCACACAAUCAUCAGUGGACAGUUUAUCUGUAAAUUGUCAAUACUUCAACUCAAAGACUGUUGAAACUGUAACUUCAAUGCCUAGCCAAUCAUAUCCCUAUAGUUCUGUAUUGUCUUUUGGAGCAGAUCCAUCUGAUUAUGAGCCAGAUAAUGAAACCAGAACCAAUGAAAAAAUUUGUGAUUCAAAUGAUAAGCUAUCUCAAGAUUACGUAAAUAGCGUUGUUGAUCAUGAUAAUUCAAACUGUGAUAAUAACUUGGAAGAAGAAGAAAAUAACUUGAAUGACAGUUUUUUGUCACUAGAUCUUAUGGAGUCUUCGACAAAAAGCAUAGAUGUAGAGUUAAGUGUUAAACCUCUUAAAGAACAGAAAUGUUCAAUUCAGGAAAUAAAUACUCAUACUGUUAAGAAACCUCGCGCAAAGCCAAAAAUCAUAAGCGAUAGUAAAUUGCUUAAAAAUACAAUUAUAUUAUCAGCUCCUAAAAAGAUUGGCAUUCGAAAACACUUGAAAGCUAAUUCCAAAGCUAUAUCCCCGAAUUCUAAUGAACAACUUCCAAGUGUAACGUCACCGUUAAAAGUAUCUAAUGGUACUGAUAAUCAAACCAAUGAUGUACCACCAUCUGGGUCUGAACCUAAAUUUAAUGGCAUCACAAAAAAUUUGCCUUUGGAUAAUGUAACGCAGCAACAGAAACAGCAGCAGCAGAACCAGCAGUCAAACAGCUUAAGAAAUAAUGUUGGUGUUGAAGAGAGCUUUGAUAGCCUUUGCGAAGACAUCACCGAGCUUACAAACUAUGAUGGACAAGCUGAAACUAUUACUCUGUACAAGGGAAAUAAUCAAGACGAUGCAGACGUUGAAGUUCUUUCUUUAUCGGCGGGGAAUAGCCCAAAUAGUGGACAUUUUAAAACGCCGACGUGUACGUUUUUAAAUAGCGACACGAAAGAAAAAUCUUCAUCUAGUUCAAAUAUCUCAAAAACUAGAAAAUCACCGAUCAACUUCCAGCGCGAUUCUCGACUCUCUUUAAGCUCUCCUACUGUAAUUAAAACUCGAAGAAAUACGACUCCUAAUGAUACGAAAACAAAGUCUUUGCUUGACCCAAAUAACGCGACAAAUAAGAAAUCACCAAUCACCUUCCAGCGAAGAUCUCGACUCUCUUUAUUAAGUUCGAAGUCAGGAUUUUCUAACGUUAAUGGGGCCCGUGAAGAUAAGAGUUCUAAUGGCACAAACGACAAGUCUUCGCCCAGUGCAAGCAACUCAACCUCUAGGAAGUCACCAAUUACUUUUGAGCCGACUUCUCGACUUUCUUUGAGCUUGAAGUCAUCUACUAUAACUAAAGCUCAAGAAUGCCUAACUUCUGACAAACUCAACAACAGGUUACAACAGCAAAAUCUAUCAUCUUCUGUAAAUUCCUUAAGCAAAACUCAACAACAACAGCCAACUGCAUCUGAAUCUACAAGUUCUUUUCAAACGUCCUCUACUUUUGUUAACAAAGAUCCAAGGCUGAAUAGGUCUAUAAGCCCAAUAAAGUCAACCAAUGUAGUUUCAAGGGAUCCGAGACUUAACAGGUCGAUUAGUCCAACAAAGCUUCCAGCUUUGACUGAUCCAAGGUUAGUAAGGUCCAACAGCAGGCCCAGUUCUCCUACCACAUCUGUAGUUUCGACAAAUGAAAGUCCAGAUCCAAGACUGCAGAAAAGAGCAGAAAGAGAAAAUACUGAAACAAUCAUUCAACAGAGGCAGGAAAUCAACCUUGUUAAGCAAGAAAAUCAUUCGUCGAUAACCAUCAGAGAUUCUCAGUCAGCCCAAAAAAAGGCUUCCGUAUUUGAACGACUGGGUAGGAAAUCACCGUCGCCUAAUAAGCAUAUAGAUGUUAAAAAAGAAUUGAUGGACAUUGUCAAAUCUGGCAAAGUACGAUCAAUUGGCUACUAUGAUAGCGAUGAUGAAGAAUGUAUGUCUAUACAUCCAGGGGACAUGUUUUCGAGCGAUGAAGAAUCAAAUGCAAGCCCACCGCAUCGAAAAUUCACUUCGGAAAGAAUGCGUCAAAACGAAGAAAUCAGAAAUAAGCCAAUGUCGAUCAAAGAUCGACUGACUUUAAACACCUCUAGAAUGAGUCAACGAAACCCAUCUUCUUUUGCAACUCCAGCAGUGCCUACGACAACGGCUACAACUACAACAAGGACAACCAGAUUAAUAAAUAGGAUAACGUUUGAUAUUAAUGCUGAUAACCAAUCCCGAGUCUCCACAGUAUCAGCAACCACUACGCAGCCAUUUAUGCAAACAGUGCCUAAGGUAUCUGGUAUGGCAGCGUAUGCAUCCCAGUGUAGGAAAGAACCUUUCAAUACAUACAGUAACAAUGAUGCAGCUUUUAAUGCAAACUUCUAUAAAGACAAUUCUGCAGCUCUGAAUGAUAAAUUCUAUAAAAUGAAUGCUGCACAAAUGCGGAAAGACGUGGACAAUUUAAGUCAAUUCGGUUGUUCUCCUACCAUUACUUUUGACAAUAAUACACAGCAGACUCAUGAUACGGACUCUAUGUUUAUGGCAGACACAGUAAAAAUUCUAUUUUUCAAGAGAUUUUGUUUUAGAAUGUUACGAUAUGGAAACUGUUCAAUGGAAAUGACAAGCUGUCAUUACUCCCAUCAUGUGUAUUCGUUACAAAAACUUAUAAAAGAGAAAAAACUCGAGGUAUUAAUGCCCAUUCUAGACUGUGCGAUUCAUCAGAAGUUUAAUUUCUUCUUGCAGAAUGUUUGGAGUUCGCUCCUGCCUAAACUUAAUGACGAGAUGUUUAAUGUCUACAACAAACUUUAUCAAGCGGAAUUGCGCUCCGAGCGAUUUUUGAACGAGCUGCUUGGCUAUUGUUUGAAUUCAAAGCUUUACACAGUCGAGUCUUUCGUUAAGAAACUUGCGAUGUUUGUAGAAAAAGGCAACAGAGACUGGGUGCGAAAUAUUUGUGUGGCAAUCAAGCCCAAGAUAUCUGAUGGCUUUUGCUGGGAAACAAUCAAGUGUCUGGCGCAGAAAGCUGUACCGCCAGUAGAUAUGAUCGAGCUGACGAUACUGCAAUGUCUCAAACGAAAAAAGAAUUCGAGUCAUAUUAAUGAAGUUUAUGAUUUAAUCAAAAAUAAAAUAACUAAUUUAGAAAGAAACAGGAUGAGCCAAACAAUGCUCAAGCAGUUUUAUACACUUGUUCAAAAAACGUGCUUGGUAAAUGAAAAAGAAGUGUUGAACACCAUUCCCCUUGCAAGUUCAGCAAAUGAUGUGACAGAAAUUGCAGUCAGCAGUCCUGCAAUUUCAAGAUGCCAAUCAGUUGAAAGCUUAAAAUCAGCGGAAGUUGAAAACCAGGGUCUGACAGUUAAUACUUCUUGUAAUGUGCAACAGCCAAUAAAUUCGCCCGUUGAUGUUCUAAAAAAUACACCAACCAGAGGAGAAAGUACAAAUUUUUCGGAAUACACUGUGAAUGAAGUUGACUCCGGUGACCCUACAAGUGUAUUUAGGGAUCGCUUCUGGAAAAUAUAUCUCAGAGCCAGUGUUAUUGAUAAAUGUUUGGCUCAUGAAGAUUACGAUGAUGUAUGGAAUACAUUGAAUGAAUUCUGCAAAGAAAAUGUGCAAGAUACUCUAUUAAAACGUGCAUAUUAUCACAUUUUGUGUAAAAAUGUUAAAACCUGCCAGCGACACAUUUCAGAAAUCAUCAAACGUGCAGUCCGCAACAGAUGGCCGUCAUCACAAAAAUGUAUCGACCUGUUAUUCGAUGUCGGAAUUUACGCUUUGAUUGACUUAGGCAACAGCGAUUUGUGGGUAAUGGCUUUGGACCUGCUAAGCUCGUUAAAAAUUAUUGAACCCAACGAGCCAAGAACCACCUUUGUGCUCAUUUGCACUGAAAUUUAUUUAGCCAAUAGCGAUCCUUUAGAAGCACUAUACUUAUUGCAGAGGACGAGAUUGAUUAAAACCAAUCGCGAUGAAUGGCUUACUAAAGAUCACACGAAAGAUGACGAAAAACAUAGAAAUAAAGUAGUCAUUAUUCUGCUCAAAGCUUUGUCUUAUAAUGAACCAGAAAAAGCAGUUUAUCUUUUCAAAGAACUUUUGACGGAUCAAUACAUUUACUACUAUCCAAUUGAUCUUCGCCUUUAUUUAGAUAAGCUAAUGUUAUUGUUACUUCUAAAUGGCAAAGACGAAUUAGUGGCUGAUAUGUGUAGAUUAAUCAUAGGUAAUGAUUUAACAUUACAAAAAUCAACUUAUCGAGAAUUAAUAACCAGAAUGCUUCCAAUUGAUGAAGUACUAACUAAUCAGGUAUUAGAUUAUGCUAUACAUCUUGGAUACUACAAUGAUAUACAGAUAAAAAAUGGUUUCACAACGGUUAUAAUCGAUACAAAUUCUUCAGAAGAGGAACUUUAUUUGAUAUUAAGGAGGUUAAUAUAUAUAUUAAAACUUAAUGUUGGACCGGUAAUCCAUCGCCUAAGGCCUAAUCAGUUAAAAGUAACACUGAUAUUUGAGGAUAUACCAGUGGAAAAACGGUUGUACAUAAAUGAGGUGGCUGCCAAACGUAGUGAUACAUACAUAAGUAUUCGUAACCUGGUUAAUAAAAUGUUAGCCACGCGAUUUACUCCACCCAUCAGAAUUUCCCGUGGAAAAGUAAGCAAAAUUUGUAAGCUAAUGAGCCGAACUCUUGUCGAUUAUUUGAAGCAUUGGGAUUAAGGUAAUUCAGUUACUUUUUUUUUAUAUUUUUGACCAUGAUGAUGAAAAUCGCAUUUCACCUUUAUGUGUAUGUAUUUAAUGUUUUUUUUAUAAUUUUUUUACAAUGAAUCGUUUUCAUUAAAAUUAUUGUUAUUGUGUAAGAAACGCUUUUACUCUCUGUUCAACAUUUGAUUCAACAUUUGUUUCAAGAUUUGAUUUGAUGAAUAUUUUCGAAAACUUAUAUUAUUUAAUUGCUUGUUAUGAAGAGCAUGUAAAAAAGUUUAAAAAAAAUGGAAAAAAUAGGACUGCUACUUUACGUGUAUACACUAGGCAAUGCAUACAUGAUUUACGUUAGUAAAACACAAAUCUUAAUUUGAUUUGUAAUCAGUAUUUUUUGUAUUAUAUACUUUGUUUGUUUCAUUAUAAGGGUCAAUCAUUUUAACUGUAAAUUUACGAAAAUACUAUACUAUUUAAUAAGAUAUUAAAGAUACGAUUGCUAUUUAUCUAUUACGUUCUAGACUUGAAUAAAUAUCUACAACGUGCAGGUUGUUGUUGUAUUUUAUAACUUGUACUCUACCAUAAAAAUUAACAAUUAAUAAUUUUUAUUUUGUCAAAUGUAUACAGUUUCUAAACUUCAAAACUUGAAGGUGCAAAUCAUUUUAUAUUAUUAAAUUACAUAAUAAUAGUUGUUAGAAUUAUCACAUGUAAGAGGUAUAUUUAUCGCAUUGGAAAAAUAAAAAAGAA